GCUUGCCGCUAUGGAGUGGUGACAGAUUGUCGGAUAUUGAUAAAUAAAUAGAAGUGUGGUGUAACAACAAAGCAGUUAACAGGUUGUAAUAAUGGCAGACGAAUAUAAGGGGGAAUCGGUCGUCACAGAGGCGACUGAUAUUAAAGGAACUGCGAAGAUUUACUACACUCUCGCAUUGGAGAAGAUUAGAGAUGUUGUAUCAUCACUUCCUGAUGAUAUCCGACCGGGUGCUGACCUUUAUGGGUUGCCUUGGGAAGCUGUGCUUUUCACUGCCUUGUUAGGAUUAUUCACAGUACUCAUCUUCAGCUGUAGGUUCAUCCACUCAAUUAAAAGUAGACUGUAUGCAAGUAAAGAGAGGAGAAUGGGACAGACAGUGACAGAGCUUCUGGAGGAAAAGUGUAAAGUGCUGAAUACACUGAGUGAGUGCAAACACAAGUUUGAAAAACUAGAAACUGCACUGCAGAAUGGGGGACUUUCAGCUCAGGCUUCAGAGAGAGAAAAUUUGGAGGCAAUGUCUAAGAACCUUGAGCAGUCUAAUGCUGAAAUGAAAAGUGAAAUAGAGAGACUCCAGGCGGAGCUGGCUAGCCAAAGCAAGUUCCGAAAACAACAAGAAGAGCAGCUUGAAGAACUUGAAGAGACUUUAAAAAGCCUGGAGGAGGAGUCUAAGGAACGCAAGUCACAGUUAGAGCAGGAUAAGACUACACUUAAAAUCUAUGAAAUUAAUACAGAGAGGCUACAGAAGAAACUACAGGCCACCAAAGAGGAGAACACGAUGUUACUAGAGAGCAAAGCCCAGCUCGUGCAGGAAGCAGAGGGCUGGGGAGAGCGACUGGGUGAGUUAGAAGAGGAGAUGAGGAUGUGUAAGAGCUCACAUGCUGGGAUGCUAGAAGACUGCUCAAACAAAGACGAACGCAUAAAGUCACUAACAGAGUGCCUUUUGAAGAUGAGAGACUGGGAUUCAGAUGAGGAGAACACUGUGGAUGCUAGUAAUGGCACUGCUGAAUCGCAGCAUUCCCAUUCAGAUAUCCACCAGAAGCAGAAAGUCCAGCAGCUCAUUUUUGCAGCUAAGAUGAGUGCAGACCUGAAAGCCAUAGAGGAAGAUAAGAACAGAGUGUUUGCCAAGCUUGCAGAUGAAAUUAAAGCCAAAGAUGAUCUUCAAGAGGGGAUUGAGCAGCUCCAGAGGGAGAAGGAGUCCCUGGAGUCUGAGAGCUCCAUGUACACCAGUGAGAUCCAGAAACUUCAGCAGAAACUCCAGAUCAUGACUGAAAUGUACCAGGAGAAUGAACUCAAACUACACAGGAUGUUAACAGUGGAGGAGCGGGAACGCUCCCAAAAAGAGGAAAAGCUUUCAAAGGCUGGGAAAAAGAUUAGCCUCGCUGCCGAGGAGUUAAACAAUUACAGACAAAGAGCCAAAGACCUGGAAGAGGAGCUAGAGAAGACAAACCAGGCCUACAAAAACCAGAUUGCUGCUCAUGAGAAGAAAGCCCAUGAUAACUGGCUGGCUGCACGGGCUGCAGACAGAGACCUCACUGAUGUCAAGAGAGAGAAUGCAUUGCUCCGGCAGAGACUGACUGACUCCCUGUUUAAACUGGAGCUCUUAGAGAAAGACCCAUAUGCACGAGACGCUCCUGCCAGACCACUGUUUAGAGGUGAGAGGUCUCCAUAUGGGCCCUCCCCCCUCGGCCGACCGCCCUCUGAAACUAGGGCCUUCUUGUCACCCCCCACGCUAAUGGAUGGACCCCCUCGACUAUCUCCACAGCCUCCCCUGGUUCCCUGUGGUAGAGCAUCCCGAGGCCAGUUGGAGCCCCCUGGUGGUGGGCAAGAGUGUGAGAGGAGUGGCCCUCACUCUGAUAGCGGCUCAUUGUCUCCCACCUGGGAGAGAGAGCGCAGGGGCCCCGCCCCUCCAGGUCCCCAUCCUACAGAUCCAGCAAUGGCAUACAGGAGGCCCCUACCCGGACCCUUUCCCAUGGGCCCCCCACGACCCCCUGGGCCUCCUGAAGCCUACUUUGCCAAUAAAUCUGACGUAUUUCUGGGAAAUAGCUCAGGUCCCAGUGAGAAAGACAGCCAGGAUGUAAAUAGUCUGUAUCCGAUGCUUGGAGACAUGAGGUUGCCCCCUGAUGCUGUUAUGAGAAUGGGCCCUCCGCCAGACCCCCAUGGAAUGGGACUGGCCCCUCCCAUGGACCCCAGAGAGCCCCGUUUCCCACGCAGGGUCCCCUACGGCCCCCAAGACUUCUUCCCUCGGGGACCUGUUGGGCCACCACUAGGCAUGCGAGGAAUGCCACCUCCUGGAAUGUUUCCCAGAGCUCUGCUGCCUCACCCCAUGGGGUAUCCACCACUAAGACCUCUAUCAGAUGGCUUUCUGCCUGGACCCCCUCCAAGACCUCCACCUGACAGUUCUUUACGAGGGCCACCUCCGAGACCUUCUCCACCGGGAAGUGAACAGCCAUCCGAACAGCCCCCCUCUCCACACAAUGUCAUUUGAACAAGCUCUCAAUCUGUUCUUUACCCUCCCUAGAGUUUGCAUAUUGUGCGACGCUUCCUGUUGUACCGAGAGCUGUUUCCUCUAACACAGUCUUUGUGGUCAUGUGACUUCUUGUUAAACAAAGUCACAUUUCUUUGGCGAGCUGAUGCUAUGACAGGGAAGCUACAGAGUAUGAUGCACAAUUAUGAUAAGAGGAAAAAUGAUUUUGCAUAGGUUCUAUUGUGGGUUCAAAAAAUGUGAACAGUGGUUGCCCAUGCAGGUAUGUAGAUAUAGGUGAGAAGAGACUCAGUCUUAAUUCCAGAGAACACUGGCAAACAUUUGCAGGUGCUUGUGUUUACUGUAGUGGUAUUUAAUAACAUCUUUUUAACUUUACCAGUUAUUUAAAGUAUGACAUGUAUAUACAGGAAUUGUAUCAAUACAAUAUUGUGAAUAAAGAAAUGUAUAUACAUUGGCCCCCCAA